CGGACCACAAUAUCUUUAAAAUAACCGUUAAAAUAAGUCGAUGGACGAUCCUUAUCGGACAUAAAUCGCAGCAAAAUUAUAACACGAGAAGUAACAUAAGAAGUCUACUAAUAAAAAGAAACAUUGAAAUGGGACAACUUUUUACAUUUUUUAAAAAAGGUAAAAGCAUUAUUCAUAACCAAGAGUUCAAAUUAAAAUUUAGUGAUAGUGUUGGAGUAGAUUGGAAAACUCUUGGACGUUGGUUAAAUAUUGAAGAAAACUAUUUAGAUAUUAUUGAUCAAGAUAAUUAUGACACUCAUGCAAAAGCGUAUAAAAUGUUAACUAAAUGGAUGCAAAUAAGUGACAAUCCAACACUUGAGGAUUUAAAGACAGCUUUAAGUAACAUGAGGAGAAAUGAUCUAAUUAGAGAAGUAGAUAAAUUAACAAAAUCUUCAAAUUCAAUAAUAAAAUUCCUUUUGUUAUCAAUCUUGGUUUUGGUUAUAAGUUUGAUUUUCUCAAACUUCAAUUUUUCAAUUUUGUUAAGAAACUCAAAAUCAGAUUCAUCAAGAUUGUCUGCUGAAUUAAAAAAGUAUUAUCUUAAAUAUUAUUGGAAAAUUAAUGAACAUCAACCGCUAAUAAAAGCAUCUGUAGAUGUUGAUCUAAAUCAAAAAUUUGUUGAUCUAUGUAUUGUUGAUGCAGUGAAUGCUCAAGUGGAACGCUCAAAGGAUGCUGUUUUAAAUGUUGAACGAAAGAAAUUUCUUGAAAAGCAAAUGCGUUAUACACCAAUUCAAUAUAGUGAAAUAUUUACAAAAGAAAAAUCAGUAUUAUUAAUAUCUGGAAUAGCUGGUAUUGGGAAAACAUGGUUGCUUAGAAAAUGUUUGCUUGAUUGGUCUAAUGGUUUAAUUUGGAAAAAAUAUUGAAUUUGUUUUUUAUUUGGAAUGCAGGAGACUUAAUCAAUAUCCAAAUAUUUCUAAUAUUAAUGAAUUACUAAAUGUUUUCUACAAAGAUAUUGUAAACAACUUUAACAUAAGUAGUCAUAAUGCACUGUUUAUAAUUGAUGGAUUAGAUGAGUUUAAAUAUUUCAAUGAGUUAUUAAGUCAAAGUUUAACUUUUAGUUAUCCAAUUACUAAUGUGUUAACAGAAAUUCAAAAGUUCAGUCAUGUAAUUGCUGGUAGAGUUUAUGCAAUAGAUCAAUACCAAAGCAUAUCUACAGAAUAUAGUGAUAAGUUGACUGUUGAAAUAAUGGGGUUUAAUCAAAACAGAAUAAAUAAUUAUAUAGAAAAUUAUGUCAUCGAAGAAAAAAAAAAGUUAUAAAAACAAUUUUAAAGGAAUCUCCAAUUGCAAAAGCCAUGGCAUCUGUUCCUUUUUAUUUAUCUUCAAUGUGUAAAAUUAUAAGUGAUUCGAAAGAAAUGGAUUUAAAUUCUUUCUUAACAAUGACUGAUUUGUAUGCAAAUAUUUUUUUGUACUUUGUGCGAAAUCAUAUCAUUAAAAACAAUAAAUUGGUAUAUGAGAUAAUGGAAGACAGUUCCAAUAAAAAAUAUAUUUUAAAUAUUUGUAAAAUUGCAUAUAAAAUGUUUGUGAACAUCAAAAUAG